UUUGCUUGGUUGCUUUCUGGAGUAUUUAUUGCACAGUCAAGAGCUUCUGGAAGCCACCGAGAUGUUGAAGAUGAGGAGCUGACACGAAUCUUUGUUAUGAUACCAAAAUCCUAUACAGAGGAAGAUCUGCGAGAGAAGUUUAAGAUGUAUGGAGACAUUGAAUAUUGCAGCAUUAUUAAAAACAAGACUACUGGAGAAAGUAAAGGUUUGGGUUAUGUGAGGUAUUUAAAACCAUCGCAAGCUGCCCGAGCAAUUGAGGAGUGUGAUCGAAGCUACAGGGCCAUUUUGGCUGAACCCAAAAAUAAGUCAUCUGAGUCUUUUGAACACGAUUAUUACAGUAAUAACAUGAGGCAAGAACCAAGAGGAAAUACGCUUCCAUUUUGUGGGCAGCCAGAGUUUUGUAGUUUUGAAAAAAAUGAGAGCAGAAUUCAAGAGUCAGUCUCCAAACGUCUGUCAGUGGUAUCACGGCUUCCCUUUAUCCAAGAGCAGCUGUUUGCCCUCUUUGAUCUAAUUCCAGGGCUGGAAUAUUGUGAUGUUCAACGAGAUCCUCACACCAAUAGUGGGUACGCUGUGAUUCAGUACAGUACUGCUGCCUCGGCUGUAUACGCCAAGUACAAACUACACGGCUUUGAGUAUCCCCCUGGGAAUCGUUUAACUGUUGUGUUCCUAGAAGAUGGGAGUGAUAGCUCAGACCUCAUCAGAAAAAUGGCAACUCAGCUGGUAACAGCACACGUGUCAUCAGUGCUGCGGAACAACAGUGCAGUUGUUCAGCAGUAUAGGACCCCUCCUGCAUUUGUAGGAACUUCUGGUUCACAGUUACUUCAGCCUCAAACAGAUGCCAUACUUCCACCACACAAAAAAAAAGUUCCACCUGACACUACUGUGAAGGAAAGGCUUUUCAUACUUUUUCAUCCCCAUCCUUUACCUGUGAAUGUAUUGGAGGAUGUGUUCUGUCGUUUUGGACACUUGAUAAAAGUUUACCUUGUGGCUGGGAAGAACGUGGGCUAUGCGAAGUUUGCAGACAGGGCCAGUGCCAGCGACGCCAUCACGGCGUUACACGGCAGGACGGUGAACGGCGUGCGGCUGAAGGUGAGGCUGGCGGACGCGCCCACGGAAGAGUCCAACAAGCGCCAGAGGACCUACUGA